GGGCCCGCAGCCCCCGCAGCAUGGCCGAGCCGCCCGCGGCAGCGCCGGCCCCCGAGGGCGAGGAGGGCCCGGUGCGCUUCGCCCGCAAGGGCGCCCUGCGGCAGAAGAACGUGCACGAGGUGAAGAACCACAAGUUCACGGCGCGGUUCUUCAAGCAGCCCACCUUCUGCAGCCACUGCACCGACUUCAUCUGGGGCUUCGGCAAGCAGGGCUUCCAGUGUCAAGUUUGCUGCUUCGUGGUGCACAAGCGGUGCCAUGAGUUCGUCACCUUCUCGUGCCCCGGCGCUGACAAGGGCCCUGCCUCGGAUGAUCCCCGGAGCAAACACAAAUUUAAAAUCCACACGUACUCCAGCCCCACCUUCUGUGACCACUGCGGCUCCCUGCUCUACGGGCUCAUUCACCAGGGGAUGAAGUGUGACACCUGCAUGAUGAACGUGCACAAGCGCUGCGUGAUGAACGUGCCCAGCCUGUGCGGGACGGACCACACGGAGCGCCGGGGCCGCAUCUACAUCCGCGCCGACAUCGACAAGGACGUGCUCACCGUCGUAGUAAGAGAUGCUAAAAACCUAGUUCCUAUGGACCCUAACGGCUUGUCAGAUCCCUACGUGAAGCUGAAACUCAUCCCCGACCCCAAAAACGAAAGCAAACAGAAGACCAAAACUAUCAAGUGCUCCCUGAAUCCUGAGUGGAACGAGACAUUUAAAUUCCAGCUGAAGGAGGCAGACAAGGACAGGCGGCUGUCCGUGGAGAUCUGGGACUGGGAUCUGACCAGCAGGAACGACUUCAUGGGCUCCCUGUCCUUCGGCAUCUCCGAGCUGCAGAAGGCAGGAGUGGAUGGAUGGUUCAAGCUGCUCAGCCAGGAGGAGGGCGAGUACUUCAACGUGCCCGUGCCUCCCGAGGGCGAGGAAGGCAACGAGGAGCUGAGGCAGAAAUUCGAGAGAGCCAAGAUCGGGACGGGCUCCAAGGCUGCGGAUGAGAAGACCAGAAAUGCCAUUUCCAAACUGGACAACAACGGCAGCCGGGACCGCAUGAAGCUCUCGGAUUUCAACUUCCUGAUGGUGCUGGGCAAAGGGAGCUUUGGCAAGGUGAUGCUGGCCGAGAGGAAGGGCACGGACGAGCUGUACGCUGUGAAGAUCCUGAAGAAGGACGUGGUGAUCCAGGACGACGACGUGGAGUGCACCAUGGUGGAGAAGCGCGUGCUGGCGCUCUCGGGGAAGCCUCCGUUCCUGACCCAGCUCCACUCCUGCUUCCAGACCAUGGAUCGCUUGUAUUUUGUGAUGGAAUACGUGAACGGCGGGGACCUGAUGUACCAGAUCCAGCAGGUCGGGAGGUUCAAGGAGCCCCACGCUGUAUUCUACGCAGCAGAAAUAGCCAUCGGGCUCUUCUUCCUGCAGAGCAAAGGCAUCAUUUAUCGAGACCUGAAGCUGGACAAUGUGAUGCUGGACAGCGAGGGACACAUAAAGAUCGCCGACUUUGGCAUGUGCAAGGAGAACAUCUGGGACGGGGUGACCACCAAGACCUUCUGUGGCACCCCGGACUACAUCGCGCCCGAGAUCAUCGCCUACCAGCCCUACGGGAAGUCGGUGGACUGGUGGGCGUUCGGAGUGCUGCUCUACGAGAUGCUGGCUGGCCAGGCUCCCUUCGAGGGAGAAGACGAGGACGAGCUCUUCCAGUCCAUCAUGGAGCACAACGUCGCCUACCCCAAGUCCAUGUCCAAGGAGGCAGUGGCCAUCUGCAAAGGGCUGAUGACCAAGCACCCCGCCAAGCGCCUGGGCUGCGGCCCCGAGGGGGAGCGGGACAUCAAGGAGCACGCCUUCUUCCGCUACAUCGACUGGGACAAGCUGGAGCGCAAGGAGAUCCAGCCCCCCUUCAAGCCAAAGGCUUGCGGCCGCGACGCUGAAAACUUCGACCGGUUUUUCACCCGCCACCCGCCCGUGCUAACGCCUCCCGACCAGGAAGUCGUCGGGAACAUUGACCAGUCAGAAUUCGAAGGGUUUUCCUUCGUUAACUCUGAGUUUUUUAAGCCUCAAGCCAAGAGCUAAGUUGCUGUGCAGAUCUCAUCCCUGCAUCGUCGGUUCCAGCCGCUGUUGUGGUGACAUUCCAUCGCAGAACUCGCAUCCAUGGCCUUGCUUUAGUGACCACAUUUCCAGUGUCUUCAUCCAUGGCCUUGCUUUAGUGACCACAUUUCCAGUGUCUUCAUCCAUGGCCUUGCUUUAGUGACCACAUUUCCAGUGUCUUCCUGGUACUUGGGGUGUCGCUGGAGGGAGUGAUGUGCAAGAAAUGCUGCAAGUGGGCUUUUGUAACAUUUUGUUUGUAGAAAAUGGGAACAGCUCAGUGGGUGACAGAAUGAAAAGGGUGACACGGUGACAGCUGGGAGGAAUCCCUUCAUCAUGUGCUUUAAUUCCUGCUCUUUCCUUUUUCUAGUGUUUUAGAUAGUCAUGAAAAUUUAAUAUUUAGCUUUCUUAGCCUUAGUGGCAAGUCAAUAUUUUUAAUGAGACCAUUCCCCAGAGUCUCUCUCCUCCCAAAGGCUCUGGAGAGCCAAAGUGCUGGUUCUGGCUCCUUUUUUGGCCAUGUCCUGCUGGGUGUCCAGCCCUACCACAGCUCCCCUUCCCUGCACCAAGGCUUUGGGUCAGCUGGGUCUCCAGCAGUGGGAUAAGUUAUUUGGGAAGGCAGAGCUGCCGUUGGCAAAGAUUUCUCCUGAUUGUGCUGUUUCUAAGUAGCGUUUUUUAGAAUCAAACAUGCCGUGGUAAAUGGGGAAUUUGGAAGAGCUGGUUUUGAAUCCAUGGUCACCCCAGUAAACACCACCAACAUCCAUUCCGUAGCGAAGCUUUUUCUUCUUUUCAAAUGCCAAAGCCAUUGGUGGAGUUUGUUGCCUGUGCUUUGAAUGUGUCAAAAAUGGUAUUGACCCAAACGGGAGAUACUUAACUCUGACCAGAAUUGUGAAUUCUGAUAUGAAGCGUGUGAAGAAGCUUGUUACAAUGGAUAAUUCUGUCCUUAAAAAUUGCUCGAGUUUUGUUUCUGGCAUCAAAGGAAACCUUUCAGGAAGGGUGAGUUUCUCUUGAAAGGACAACAAUCACGCUGCUUCCUUUUAUACCCUUGCAGAUGUUCGUGGGCUGUCACUGUAUCAAUCUGCUUGAUUUGUAAUGUGCCAAUUUAUUUUUUUCUGAUACUGGUUAUAAAAUAAAAGGUGAGAAAACCCGCCCCAGAAA